UCUUCUUAAUUCUGAUUUGAAAUUCCGGAGAUGGAUGAUGAAAGCAAGAACUACUCCUCCACUGCAGUCUUGCCUCCUUCAUGUCUUGUCGUGUGUUUCCAGAAAUUCCUACAACUUUUAUCGUCAACCUGCAUUUCUUUACAAUAUUCUUACAGGGAGAAAUCUCUGCACUACCGCCAUUCUAACUCAGCAGUGUUCAGCUUUCAGCCGAAAUUUGACCCAUUCACCGAUUUUCCCACCAUUCCAUUUCACUGUAACUUCCUGCUCAACGGUUUCAGAUGUUCAUAAAUUUCACAGCCAGAUGAUCAAACAUGGAAAUUACAGUGAUGGGUUCAUUGGUAAUCGAUUGGUAACAAUGUAUGCAAAAUUUGGGAGCGUUGAUAGUGCACUCAAACUGUUUGAAGAAAUUCCUGAUAAGGAUUUAAUAUCUUGGAAUUCCAUUAUUGUGGUAUUUGCACAGAGAAGAGAUGUGAAGAAAUGUUUCACUCUUUUCUCUAAGAUGAGGUCUGAGAUGGGUGUGGAACCGAACGAGGUUACACUUAUCUCUCUUCUCCCUGUUUGUAUCAAUAUGCGAGCAUCAACAGAAGGUAAAAGCAUCCAUUGUUACGUUCUGAAAUUUGGUUUCUUAUCUGAGAUAAAAGUUGUUAAUUCUUUAGUAAACAUGUACGGGAAAUGCCAGUGUGUAAAUGCAGCUUGUGAACUUUUUAACACCAUUUCCUUUAAGAAUUUAGUCUCGUGGAAUUCAAUGAUUGCUGCUUACAGUCAAAAUGGGUUUCUCGAGGAUGGAAUUAAUCUUUUCAAUUCCAUGAGAAGAGUAGGUUUCAGGCCUGAUCGAGCUACUAUUGUAACCUUGCUCCAGGUCUGUGCAGAGCUGGCAGCAGAGAAACAAGGGAAGGCCAUGCAUGGCUAUAUUUUGUCUUCUGGUUUCAGUUCAGAUAUGCCCAUUGCAACUGCACUUAUCCGUGUCUAUGCCAAAUCCGGCAGGUUAGAUGCUUCAUAUGAAGCUUUUAGCGAGAUAAGUUAUCCAGAUAAGAUAGCUUGGACUGCAAUUCUUGCAGGAUAUGCAAUCCAUGGGUAUGCAAGGAAAGCAAUUAAGGUAUUUGAUCUCAUGGUCAAGAAUGGCGCAAAGCCGGAUCAUGUCACAUUCACGCAUAUCUUAUCUGCAUGCAGCCAUUCAGGACUCAUUGAAGAGGGUAAACACUACUUCCAGAGUAUGUCAAAAGUUUAUGGAGUUGAACCAGAUGUAGAUCAUUAUUCAUGCAUGGUCGACCUCUUAGGUCGCUUGGGACGUUUGGAUGAAGCUCGCAAGCUUAUCGAAGCAAUGCCUAUGGAACCAAAUUUAGGUGUUUGGGGUGCAUUGAUUGGGGCUUGUAGAGUUCAUCAUAACAUUAAACUAGGAAAAGAAAUUGCUGAAAAAUUGUUUAUGCUCGAUCCUACAGAUACCAGGAAUUAUAUCAUGUUAAGCAAUAUGUACUCUGCAUCAGGACUAUGGAGAGAAGCCUCAAAGGUUAGGGUAUUGAUGAAGGAGAGAGGUCUCAAAAAAGAUCCAGGUUGCAGUUUCAUAGAACACAGAGGAAAAGUGUAUCGGUUUGUAGUGGGAGAUAGAUCACACCCAGAAUCAAAUGACAUUCAUUGGAAGCUAGAUGAACUUAUAACAAAGAUUCAAAAAGCUGGGUACGUUCCUAGCACGGAUUUAGUUCUUCAUGAUGUUGACGAGGAAAUGAAAGCAGAUAUGAUCAGUAAACACAGUGAGAAAAUUGCCAUUGCAUUCGGACUUCUAGUUACCAACCAUGGAAGACCUAUAACAAUAACUAAGAACCUUCGGAUCUGCGGAGACUGUCACAAUGCUGCAAAAUUCAUAUCUUUGGUUGAGAAAUGUAAAAUCAUAAUCCGUGACUCGAAACGUUUUCAUCAUUUUGUCCACGGGGUUUGUUCUUGUGGAGACUAUUGGUGAUCUUCGGGCAAGAAAUAGUUUCCACUAGAAAAUGUACAUGUUAUGGCUGUGUAUUACUUCAGUUAAGGCAAACAUCUGUUGGUAUGGUGGCUCGUUUGGUCCCUGUAAGUUAUGAAGGUGGGUAUAGCUAGGCCAAGUGAGACCCCGAAAGAAAAGGUGGCACGAAUUCCACGCUGACGUUCUUAAAACCUUGUCUUUCUCUGUGGCCUCAAACUACCAUUUCUGCCAGUCAGUUUACUGUGCCAUGCUGCCAUCGGGAUCCCAUUUAUGCAGUAGCGUAUUCUUGCACUUGAGCAAAUAUGUAAUUUAUGAUGUCGUGUCUUCUUUUAUGAACAUGAACGUUCAUAAACCACACUUAUAACGAUCACACUCUAUACAGACAAUGGAGAUACAAAUAUUUUCCCAAUUUUCUGACUAGGGUGGGUGCAAUGUGCACGGAGUGUCUAUGAUAGAAGAUGAAUUAUGCGUGAAUUUUUUGUACUCCUUGACUGAAGAA